GGGGGCUUGGCACGCUGCAAUCCGGCGGUGCUGUGCAGGUUAGGCAGCGGGGAGGAGCCCCCUGCGGGAGCCGGGCAUGAUUUCUGUGGGAAAUGGAGCCCGAGCUGCUGAGGACUUUGCUGAUGAGUGUUGCCAGCACAUCACGUUUGGCAGUGGAGCUAUUCCUUCAGCUCCAAAGUGACAGUGAGGAGUCCGACGAUGAGAUCGAGUCGCCUGAUGCAUAUGACACUAAAUUGCUUGUGGCAGUCACGGAAAUGCUCAGCACCGUGGAACACCGCUUUUGGGCUCGGGAAACAAGCACUGAGUGGUGGGAUCACAUCGUCAUGGAAGUCUGGGAUGACGAGCAGUGGCUGCAGAACUUUUGGAUGAGAAAAGCCAGUUUCAUGGGACUGUGUGCUGAGCUCGCCCCCACCCUGCGGCGCAAGGACACGAGAUUGAGAGCUGCCCUGCCAGUGGAGAAGCGGGUGGCUAUUGCAAUCUGGAAGCUGGCAACUCCAGACAGCUACCAAUCAGUCGCGAACCAGUUUGGAGUGGGAAAGUCUACCGUUGGAAUCGUGUUGAUGCAAGUUUGCAGGGCCAUUAAUCGCAUCCUGCUAAGAAGAACCGUGACUCUGGGGAACGUGCAGGACAUUCUGGAUGGCUUUGCACAAAUGGGUUUCCCUAACUGUGGAGGGGCGAUAGAUGGGACGCAUAUUCCUAUUCUGGCACCACCCCACAUUAAUCGGAAGGGGUAUUUCUCUGUGAUUCUCCAGGCACUUGUGGAUCACCGUGGGCAUUUCAUUGACAUUUACACAGGCUGGCCUGGAAAGGUGCAUGAUGCACGCAUCUGUUUAGGAAGCUGCAGGCUGGGACUUUUUUCCCAGACCGGAAGAUCACAGUAGGGGACGUCGAAAUGCCCAUUGUGAUCCUUGGAGACCCCACUUACCUGUUAAUGCCUUGGCUCAUGAAACCGUAUACAGGAAGCUUGACAGGAGCAAGGACCGGUUCAACUACAGGCUGAGCCGGUGCCAAAUGACUGUGGAGUGUGCUUUUGGCCGUUUAAAAGGAUGCUGGAGAUCUCUUUAUGGGAAGCUAGACUUAGGGGAAAGCAGCAUCCCUGCGGUUAUAUCCGCGUGCUGUACCCUCCAUAAUAUUUGUGAUGGGGAGGGUGAAAUAUUCAGUCAGGAAUGGACCUCCGAGGUUCAACGCCUGGAGGCUGAAUUUGCAGAGCCAGAGAGCAGGGCUAUUAGAGAGGCCCAGCACAGGGCUACAAGGAUUAGGGAUGCCUUGAGGGAGGAGUUUGAGGCUGAAAACCAACAGUAAUGUUUGGUGCCUUGCACGGGAGUGAAGUGCAGUGGUAACAGUGAUUUGCAGUGCCUGUUUUUUUCCAGGGCUACGGUAUCUUUCACUUUCUGCAAUAAAAAAAACUGUUUUAAAAGCCAAGAAUUCAUUUAUUGAAAAGAAAAUAACUAAAAGGGCAGGGGGGUGGGGUGGUGAACUGUACAGUCAGAGGUUUGAAUAUGUCCUGCCUGGAGUGCUGCGCAAUGACUGCUGCACUUCAGGAUGAAAAUGCUGCAUGGUGAUGGGUGUUCAGUGCAGAUGGUAAGGGUCGUAGUUCUCAGAGCUGGUAGGUGAACGUACAGGUGUUGGGGCAGC